AUGGGAACAAUCCCCUUGGCCCACACCACCGCCGUGACAAUCCUUAAUCGACUGCUAUGGACAACAUUGUACAUGAGAAAUCGUACUGAGCAGGCUUUGUACAAACAUCUCUGUACCGAACUUGCUCAGUACACGUAUCUCUGUACAGAGCCCGGAAAUUACAGCUCUGUACAAAAUAGCUUGUACCAACCGCGAUCAGUACAAAAAUCGUUGUACAGAUCGGGCUUUUUGCCUCAUGAUCAACACAUUCCGCAUCAACGGCCAACAGUUUAUCCUACUGAAAAUCAAAGACAAAUACAUCCUGGUAAUCAACAUCAGAGACCAUGGAAUAAUUCCAGGAACCAACCAUGGAAUAUGUCAGGUCCUCAACAACCACAUCCACAUCAACAACAACAUCCACAGCAACAACAAUAUCCACAGCAACAACAAUAUCCACAGCAACAACAAAAUCCACAGCAACAACAACAUCCACAGCAACAACAACAUCCACAGCAACAACCAGUGAUAUACUCUGGACACAAAUAUCAACAGCAAGACAAAAAUGCAUCCAGGUUGUCAACGAGGUGGAGUUCCAUUGAGCCAUCUGCUAUAAUGGAAAAUUUACAAUAUAUUCCUACACCAAUCGAAAGGAAAAUUGAAAGUGUCGAAGUACACGCAUCAACAGUAAAAUCUUGUUCUGAAGAAGAUUCUUCAGAUUCUGCUUCAACUUCUUCAUCGAGCUCGUUGAUCUCAAGACGAUCGGCUUCACCAUCUACGUCAAAACAACCUGCUUCGCCAAAACCUUCUACAUCAAAACCACCUGCUUCACCAAAACAACCUACUUCAAUACGAUCGGCUUCACCAACACCUUCUACAUCUAAGGCUUCGAAUGAAGCAAAUCAACUAGCUGCAGCGAUUGCUUCAAUUUCAAAGCCGCCACCACAAUCAAAAACCAUUAUUAUUGAUCAAGAUCAAGAUCCAUGUGUAAAGAAAAGAAGAAUUGCUCAUCAAUCAAAAAUCCCAACAAGUGCGAAGAGAAGAAAAUCUUUUUCUGAUAAACAAAAUCCUGAAAAAAAAGGAAAAUAA